AACAGAGCCUCAAGUUUAAUAUUCAAUAAUUUCAUUAAUUUAUCCUUAUUGUGAUUAUAAUACAAAUACGAUAUUAUUCAUUACUUAACUAAAAAGUGACUUUAUUUUAUAUUUUUGUCUUCUUUUGUCUUCUUUUGCCUUCUUUUGCCCACUUUUGCCCUCUUUUGCCUUCGUUUUGCCUUUUUGUCUUUUAUCCCGGACCCUAUAAUCUGUCUGCUAUUGUGCCAGCUGUGAUUUUUUGGCAAGAAUUUAUUGUUUACAAUUAAGCUAUACUCGAUAAAAUGUAAAAACAAUAUAAAUCCAUCAAAAAGUUUUAUUUCAAUCCGUGAUUAAUCAUAUCCAAAAAGCAAUGGGUCCAUCUGUAGCUGUUGUCGUUUUAGGCGAUUUUGAAAGAAGUCCACGUAUGAAAUAUCAUUGUCUUUCCUUAACUAAAUCACAUUGUAAUGUUGAUAUUGUGGCAUAUUUCGAUACUCCAGUAUCUGAAGAAAUCGCUGCAAAUCCUUUGAUUAAGAUCUAUCCAUUAAAAACAAACUCAUCCUUUAGUAGCUGUCCGAGAAUUAUAAAUUAUUUCAUGAAAACAUUGGUUCAAUCAUUUUCUCUAUUAAUCACUUUGUUUACAAUAACUAAACCAGAUUUUGUGCUAUUACAGAAUCCACCAAGUGUUCCUACUAUUCCCAUUGUUUGGUUCUAUUCAGUUAUUAAAGGUGUUAAUUUUGUAAUUGAUUGGCAUAACUAUGGACAUACUAUUUUAGCUCUUUCGUUGGGACCUAAUCAUUUAUUGGUUAAAAUAUAUCGUUGGUGUGAAGGAUUUUUUGGCUCCAAAUCUUAUCACAACUUUUGCGUCAGUCAAGCUAUGGCUGAUGAUUUACUGAAAACUUGGAACAUAGAAGCUGAUGUGUUUUAUGAUAGAUCACCUGAUAGUUUUAAACCAUUGGAAUCGAGAAAUAAGUAUAAUUUUUUAAGAAAAAUGGCACAAAUGUUUCCUCCAUUCGAUUCAGGCGAUGAUUCGGGAUCAAAGUUUUAUGAAGAAUGUGAAGAUGGUGAAAUCAUUGAAAAGAAAAAUCGACCUUUUUUGCUCAUUUCUGGCACAAGCUGGACUGAAGAUGAAGACUUUUCAAUUUUACUCAAUGCUUUGGAUAUUUACGAUGAGAAAAGUUGUGCUGACACUUCGUUGCCAGAUUUAAUUUGUGUUAUAACGGGUAAAGGUCCUCUUAAAACUUAUUAUCAAGAAAUCAUUUCUGAUCGAUGUUGGACCAGAGUAUCGGUGAUCUUACCUUGGCUAACUACAGAAGAUUAUCGAAGAAUGGUUAGCUCUGCUGAUGUUGGUGUUUCAUUACAUACAUCGAGUAGUCAAUUAGACUUACCAAUGAAAAUUAUUGAUUUAUUUGGAUGUUGUGUCCCUGUUCUUGCAGUUUCAUUUAAAUGUUUGCCUGAACUUGUGAUAGAAGAUUAUAAUGGAAAAAUUUUCAAAGAUUCCAAAGAAUUGGCAAUUAUGCUUCAAAAAUUGUUAACUCAACCUCAAACUGAUUUGAAAAAUAUGCGUAAAAAUCUGUUGUCAUCGAGAAAAGAAUUUUCAUGGGACAUUGAAUGGAACAAAGUAGUCAAACCAAUAUUUAGUUGAAAAAACUAUGUGAUAUGUUUUAAGAUAUAAAUUUAUGUUUUAAUUCAAAUCAUCAA